GACUAGGCAGACAGGCAAGGCGCGACCGAGCCAUCAUUGCCGCACCGGGUUUAGCUCCACUGUCCCAUGUGCUUCCAUUGCCAGCACCAUCUCCAUCUCCCAUCUCAUCUCCCAUCUUGUUGCGCACCACCUCAAAUUCCAACUCCCCCAGUCAGCCAAAGAAAAGAAGUCUGCUCUGCUCCAGUUGCCUCCUCCCUCCUAUUCGUCGUCAUCGCCAGAUUGCAUCGUCGUCGUCGUUGUUUGCCAAGGAGGGAGGGAAGGAGGGAGGAAGGGAGGGAGGGAGGUUAGCCAUGAGUAGUAGCCGGGGGGACAACGUCUGAUUCGCACGGGAAGGGAGGGAGGGGGAGGAAGGAGUGAGCAUGUUGCGUGGAAAUUUGUGAGGUGGUGGAGAGGUAGUGGAGACGCGAUUGUGUUUGUGUUUUUUUGACCCGUCUUUUUGAGGUGGAAAAGUGGGUGCUGCAAUGGCGGUGGUUACUGGCGCGACUGGUGGGUUUGAUAAUUUCGGCGUUGGAGAGGUUUUGGAGAGGAGUUAGGGUUAGAUUGGGAGAUUGUGUGGUAGUGGAGAGAGAUCUGGGAGGUGGGGAGAAGAGUUGGAAGGGGGAGGUGUGCAGGAUGGUGGUGCGUGUGUGGGGUGAGGCGUGCUGCGGAGGAGAGAGUUCGAGUUCGGGUAUGAUCCGACAGUGCAGGGGUGUGGAAUGGAGGGAGGAAGUAUUUGGACGUGGGGAACAGUAUUGCGGAGGUGAAGAGAUGGUCGCUUUUGGUGUCUAUCCCGUUGGAUCACAGUUACCAGCGCUAGUGAGUCGGGUGAUUCGGAGCUUUGUGUCUGUUAAUUCGGGGUAUUAGCAGCUGCCAUCUAGCAACUUGGUCAAUUCUCUGCCACAUGAUGAGAUGCGUUCAGUAUUUGGUGCAACAGGAAGUCUCCAAUUCUUGGCUUCACGAGGGGUUUCUUCAGUAUCUGUGGAGUUGAUCUUUAUGCAAGAUUAUUAGGUGUUGGUUGUAUAGAGAGGAAGUAGAGCAAGAGGGUCGAGCUUCUGUGGGGAGAGUGUAUGAUGCUAGUAUAUGGCUGCUUUUUUCAGAAUCUAACUUUGUGAGAAGCUGCGAUCUGAGAUACUCUGGGUGCUUCAUGGUAGCAAAAUCAGGAGGCUGUUGGCUCGUAUCACAACCAAGCGGGUCGUAACAAUCAAGGCAAUUUAAAUUUAGAUUCUUCGGUGCGAGGUAGAAGCUCUAAAUCAGUUAGGUUCGUAGAAAAUAGAGAUGCCAAAUUUUGAUUGCGACAUGUGCAGCGAGAGUGAGGUGAUGCACAAUUACGAAUAUUUUGAUCAACUUAAGCAUUAAGGUAUUUAAAGGCACUCUUCCGAAACUACAGUUGGGAGUUUGUCAUCCUGGUCUUAUGGGACCAUUUGGCAGGGCAGCUGUUGGGCUCAUUGUGAGCAAGGACUCCGCAAAUAAAAAAAAGAAGCAGAGUGUGGAAGAUGUUGUCGGUAACGUCAAAGGUGGUAGACGGAAUGCAGGCAGCUUGCCUAGCUGGCUCAAGGAUGAUGUUGCUGAUGAGAAGCCGGUUAAGGAUGGAAAGGAUAAAUCUGCAAAAGAAGGGAAAGAAAAAUGGAAGGAGAGAGUGAAAGAAAGUAAGGAAAAGAGCAAGGGUUUAACCUCUGGGAAGGGGCAUAUUGAUGAAGAAUUGGAAAUGACAAUUUCUGAUCCUAUUCCGGACGAGGAUUUCCGCCUUGCGACAUCUCUUCUGGGCCUCCACCCCAUUAAGACGCGGUCAGGUCCUCUACUUUUCCCCCCCAGCACUCGCUCAGGUCCUGUGUAUGCAGGAACUUUCCAGAGCCGAUUCGAUGCAGGGAACGAGAGUAGACAAGGACAGGAUAAAGCUGUGAACAGUUGGUCAAAAGGAGAGUCAUCAACUAGACUUGUGUCAGGAGUGCGGAAGGCCUCUAAGGUGCAUGCUCAGGAUUCGGUCUCUCCCACGGACUUCACUACAGCCGAAGAAAACGGCCAGAAUAGCGGAGGAAGAGUUUUCAUGCAUGCAGAUGCAUCGGAAAUGGAAGGAAGUCCGCGAUCCGAUGCUAGUCCCGAGUCUUUGAGUCAAAGGAAAUUACAAAGAAGUUCGAGAAUCGGUGAUCUCGGUGGGCGUAUGUAUGGAUCGGGUCUUAAGCUUGAAGGUCAUAGAAAUGGUAGUGCCUCGCAGAUGGGGAACCCAUUUGGGAGCACUUGGGAUGACGGUCAAGUGAGCUCUUCAGCAACCGAAUCCUCAUAUCGUGGGGAAGGAGGUUCCGGCAGUAUAUAUGAAUCACAUGUGUGCUCACAAGAUCAGAGGAGUCCCUCACGUAUAGGUGCAGAGGGUGAUGCAGAAGCCGAGAGUCCAACAGAAUCACCUCGAUUUCAAGCGCUUUUGAGAAUGACUAAAAGUGUUGGCAAGAAGCACCGCGAUAUUAAAAGCUUCUCUCACGAGUUGGAUCCGCGUGGACUUCGGUCGCAUGAGUUCUUCCGGCCCCAAAAUCUAGGCGGUUUUAAUGACUUACAGGAGCUUGUGCAAACGUUGAAAGCAAGAUUCAACACUGCAAAAGAGGAAGUCAAUGGCGAGCUUGCGGUUUUUGCUGGUGACCUUCUUGAGGCUUUAGAGAAGAACGCUGGUACGGUACCAGACUGGCAAGAAGGGGCGGAAGAUUUGCUGGUUUUAGCAAGAAAAUGUGCGAUGAUGGACCCUCAGCAAUUUCGCAAAGAGUGUGAAGCCAUCGUGCACGAGUUGGACGAAAAGAGACAAGAGCUCCCUAUGGGUAUUCUUAAGCGAUACCAUACUCGAAUGCUGUUCAUUCUGACACGCUGCACGCGUUUAUUACAAUAUCAGAAACGGAAUUUCCUUGAAUUGGAUCUUCUUCGAUUACAAAAGGUUGAAAGGUUUUGGCACCCAGUGGACAUUCCGAAAGUACCUGCUAGUGAACCUGUAAAAAGGAAAAUUCUACAAGAUCAUUUUCGGCCAAUUGAUGUUCCAAGACGACCCAAAGAUGAAAUUCCCACUAAGCCACCUUUGGAAUCAAUUAGAGAGUCAGAAUCGAAAACCGAUUUGCGAAUUCCGAAAUCUCCAGAUUCCAAGCAUGAAACCACAGAUCAUCCAGAUACGAUUGUUAUGGAGAAGCCCGCUUCUUGGAAGAAAUUUGACAAGGAGAAGCAUGGGUCGGUAAAACAAUCUACUCCUGAGAAGGGUUCCCCCCCAGCUACGACAUACAAUUUAAGGCCGAUGCAGCCGACACCAGUAAAGCGUCUGUACAGUGAGAAACCGAUGGUGAUUUGUAGAAUAUGUGAAGAAGAGGUUCCCACCGUUCACCUGGAAGAGCAUUCUCGAGUUUGUGCUUUCGCUGAUAGGUGUGACCACAAAGGGUUAGGAGUUGAUGAACGGCUGCGGAGAUUAGCAGGGACUCUGGAGCGUAUUCUGGAAUCUUACACUCCAAAAAGUUUUGCCGUGGCUGCUAGUGCCAGCCCUGACACAGCCAAGACGUUAACCUAUGGUGGUGAUAAUGAAAACUACCUGACAGAGAAAAUUACUUCAGUUCCAGAAAAGCUUGCAGUAAUGGAACGUGGGGGUGGUGAGUUGCUCCGCAGGGGAUCAGAGGACAUGCUCGAGGAUUUACAUGAAAUUGAUGCUGCAAGUAUUAUGGAUGAUCCUAAAGUUUUCAAUGCUAUAGCUUGUAAGAGCCGGUUCGGACCCAAGGUUGAUCCGUUUACAGCGUUUGCGUCUUCAGUCGGGAGCUUACUUUGCCCGUCAUCGUCAGUUGGUAGCUUAACACCACGGUCUCCUCUUGCAACUCCCAAGAACAGCCAUAUUGACAUUCUGUUGACCGAUAAAACCAGCUUAGUAGAGUAUGAGGACCCCCAACAGAUCAACGAGUUGGUAGAUAUAGCCAUUUGCGUUGCCGACACCAACUAUAGUCACCAAAAGACUGCUGAGUACAUUGUUUCAUGGAUGGAAGUUCUGAAGGAUGUACUGCAGCAGAAUAAAGUGGAUGCCCUUAUUGUUGACACUUUUGGUAGACGGAUAGACAAGCUUUGCAGGGAAAAGUACCAGUCGUUUCUAGAAUUUUCAGGGCAAUACAAUUCCGAAAGUCCACUGCAUUCAACCGUAGAAAAUCUUUCCUUGGAUGAAGAGCGACAUCAGGCCUCAAGAACGCCCGUUUACCAAUCCCACAAAGAUCGAACAACUAUUGAUGAUUUCGAGAUCAUUAAGCCUAUUAGUAGGGGUGCAUUUGGAAGAGUAUUUCUGGCCAGAAAGCGGAUCACAGGAGACCUUUUUGCAAUUAAGGUCCUUCGGAAAGCAGACAUGAUUCGGAAGAAUGCUGUAGAAAGUGUUCGGGCAGAACGGAAUAUUCUUAUUUCUGUUCGAAACCCUUUUGUGGUCCGAUUUUUCUAUUCAUUCACAUGCAGUGAAAAUCUAUAUUUGGUCAUGGAAUAUCUGAACGGAGGAGAUGUAUUUUCUUUGCUACGAAAUAUGGGUUGCUUGGAUGAAGAAUUGGUCCGUGUGUAUAUUGCAGAGCUAGUGUUGGCUCUUGAGUAUCUUCAUAGUUUGGGCAUAGUGCAUCGUGAUUUAAAGCCAGACAACAUUCUUAUUGCACAUGAUGGGCACAUCAAGCUCACUGAUUUUGGCCUAUCAAGAGUUGGUCUUAUAAACAGUACAGACGAUCUUUCAGGGCCUCCAGUAGGCGGAUCCACUCUUAUGGAAGAUAUUGCUAACCAUCAUAGAAUUGUAAGUGGGGAGCUACCACAGCAGAGGGAGAGACGUCAACAACGAUCUGCAGUUGGCACGCCUGACUAUCUAGCUCCAGAAAUUCUUCUUGGAAAUUCUCAUGGAAAUGCUGCUGAUUGGUGGUCCACUGGCGUAAUUUUGUUUGAAAUGCUUACCGGAAUCCCUCCAUUUAAUGCUGAGCAUCCACAGAUUAUCUUCGACAACAUCUUGAAUCGCAACAUUCCUUGGCCUGUCGUUCCGGAUGAAAUGUCGUACGACGCUGAAGAUUUGAUUGACAGACUGUUGACAGAGGAUCCUGACUCUCGGCUUGGAGCCAAUGGUGCUGCAGAGGUGAAAGCCCACCGCUUCUUUAAAGACAUCAACUGGGAGACUUUGGCAAUGCAAAAGGCUGCCUUUGUCCCAAGCGUGGACAAUGCUCAUGAUACGAGUUACUUCACAUCUCGUCAGUGUUGGAAUUCGGCAGAAACGCGCCUAUUUGCUGAUCCUGGUGGUGAAAGUCUUUCUUACGAGACUAGUGCCAGUGGAAGAAGCACAAGCUCCUCAGAUAGGCCGGAAGACGAAUUAGUCGAUGUUGCUGGUCCUCUACAUCGAGAUGAUGGUCGUGAUUUGUCCGAAGUUACUCCUUCAUCAAGGUUCUCUUUCAGCAACUUCUCAUUCAAGAAUUUGUCGCAACUGGCAUCCAUCAACUACGACGUCUUGCAAACUGUUAGAGAUGCCACUCUACCCUCGGGGCCUAACAGCUAGUACCCCGAGGUCUCACUCGGUAUAUGCAGCUGACAGUUGUGGACCCCACAAUGAUGUAGGAUUGACAAGUAGCCCUUAGUCUACUAAUGACCCUACAGAUGUGGGUUCUAUUCAUGUACUAUAUGUAUUAUCUUAUUUAAUUAUCCAUGUGGAAUUACUCAACUCUUUUC